UAUACAUUCCCAGAAGAGGAGCAGAUCUGCAGAGGAGGAGGAAAAAGAGGAUUUUCUCUCCCCACCCCACCGCUGGUCGAAAGAAGACAAUGGAGAGGGCAGUCAAAAUUCUGGUGGGCCAAAUCCAAUGGGAAUAACGAAGAAAUCAUUUAAAUGCAUGGAGUGUGAAAAGAAAGAGGAUAAACAAUUUGAAAGCAUGGAGUGUGGAAAGAGCAUCACUGACAGUGGAACACUUAGGAAACAUCAACAGACUCACACAGGAGAGAAACCAUUUCAAUGCAUGGAUUGUGGAAAGAGCUUCAGGCGGACUGGAAGCCUUAGAAGACAUCAACAGACUCACACAGGGGAGAAACCAUUUCAAUGCAUGGAGUGUGGAAAGAGCUACAGUCGGAGUGAAGAACUUAGAAUUCAUCAACGGAGUCACACAGGAGAGAAACCAUUUGAAUGCAUGGAGUGUGGAAAGAGCUUCAGUCACAGUGGAAACCUUAGAAAACAUCAACGGACCCACACUGGGGAAAAACCAUUUCAAUGCAUGGAAUGUGGAAAGAGCUUCACUGAGAGUGGAACACUUAGAAUUCAUCAACGGAUUCACACAGGGGAGAAACCAUUUCAAUGCAUGGAGUGUGGAAAGAGCUUCAGUCGGAGUGGAACACUUAGAAUUCAUCAACGGCGUCACACAGGAGAGAAACCAUUUAAAUGCAUGGAGUGUGGAAAGAGCUUCAGUCGGAGUGGACACCUUAGAAACCAUCAUCUAACUCACACGGGGGAGAAACCAUUUGCAUGCAUGGAGUGUGGCAAGAGCUUUACUUGCAGUGGAACACUUAAAAUUCAUCAAUGGACUCACACAGGGGAGAAACCAUUUCAAUGCAUGGAGUGUGGAAAGAGCUUCACUUGCAGUAAAACACUUAGAAUUCAUAAACGGACUCACACAGGGGAGACACCAUUUAAAUGCAUGGAGUGUGGAAAGAGCUUCACUUGCAGUAAAACACUUAGAAUCCAUAAACGGACUCACACAGGGGAGAAACCAUUUAAAUGCAUGGAGUGUGGAAAGAGCUUCAGUGACAGUGGAAACCUUAGAAUUCAUCAACGGACCCACACUGGGGAAAAACCAUUUGAAUGCAUGGAGUGUGGAAAGAGCUUCAUUUCUGGUGGAACACUUAGAAUUCAUCAACAGACACACACAGGGGAGAAACCAUUUAAAUGCAUGGAGUGUGGAAAGAGCUUCAGUAGGAGUGGAAACCUUAGAAGACAUAAAUGGACACACACUGGGGAAAAACCAUUUAAAUGCAUGGAAUGUGGAAAUAGCUUCACUGAGAGUGGAACACUUAGAAUUCAUCAACGGACUCACACAGGGGAGAAACCAUUUCAAUGCAUGGAGUGUCGAAAGAGCUUCAGUCGGAGUGGAGAACUUACAAUUCAUCAACGGAGUCACACAGGAGAGAAACCAUUUCAAUGCAUGGAGUGUGGAAAGAGUUUCAUUCGGAGUGGAGAACUUAGAAAACAUCAACAGACUCACACAGGAGAGAGACCAUUUAAAUGCAUGGAGUGUGGAAAGAGCUUCAGUACGAGUUGGAAGCUGAAUUUACAUCACCUAACUCACACUGGGGGGAAACCAUUUAAAUGCAUGGAAUGUGGAAAGAGCUUCACUGAGAGUGGAACACUUAGAAUUCAUCAACGGACUCACACAGGGGAGAAACCAUUUAAAUGCAUGGAGUGUGCAAAGAGCUUCAGUCAGAGUGGACUCCUUAGAAACCAUCAACGGAUUCACACAGGGGAGAAACCAUUUAAAUGCAUGGAGUGUGGAAAGAGCUUCACUUAUAGUGGAACACUUAGAAGACAUCAUCUAACUCACACAGGAGAGAAACCAUUUGAAUGCAUGGAGUGUGGAAAGAGCUUCACUUGCGGUAGAACACUUAGAAGACAUCAUGGAACUCACACAGGAGAGAAACCAUUUAAAUGCAUGGAGUGUGGAAAGUGCUUCAGUCAGCGUGGACACCUUAGAAGACAUCAACGGAGUCACACAGGAGAUAAACCAUUUAAAUGCAUAGAAUGUGGAAAGUGCUUCAGUACGAGUUGGAAGCUGAAUUUACAUCAUCGAACUCACACAGGAGAGAAACCAUUUCAAUGCAUGGAGUGUGGAAAGUGCUUCAGUCAUAGUGGACACCUUAGAAUACAUCAACGGAGUCACACAGGAGAGAAACCAUUUAAAUGCAUGGAAUGUGGAAAGUGCUUCAGUAGGAGUGGGAAGCUGAAUAUACAUCAUCGAACUCACACGGGGGAAAAACCAUUUAAAUGCAUGGAGUGUGGAAAGAGUUUCUCUGACAGUGGAGACCUUAGACAACACCAACGGACUCACACUGGGGAGAAACCAAUUAAAUGCAUGGAGUGUGGAAAGUGCUUCAGUCAUAGUGGACACCUUAGAAGACAUCAACAGAGUCACACAGGAGAAAAACCAUUUAAAUGCAUGGAAUGUGGAAAGUGCUUCAGUAGGAGUGGGAAGCUGAAUUUACAUCAUCAAACACACACAGGAGAGAAACCAUUUAAAUGCAUGGAGUGUGGAAAGUGCUUCUGUAGGAGUGGGCAACUGAAUUCACAUCAUCGAACACACACAGGAGAGAAACCAUUUAAAUGCAUGGAGUGUGGAAUGAGCUUCACUGAGAGUGGAGUUCUUACAGAACAUCAACAAACUCAUACAGAGGAGAAGCCAUGUAAGUCCUAGGGAAGUGGACAGAGGUUCUGUUGAAGUGGAAGUCUUACAAACCAUCAAAAGACUCUGAGGGGUAAGAGCUGUAAGAGUGGAAACUGUGCAAGCCAUCAAUUAACCCAAAGAAGAGAAAUGGUUUAAAUAGGAGGAGUGUGGAUUCUGCUUUGGUUAUUAUGGAAUGCUUUUUGGAGUGUCGAACCUGUUUCUCUCCGAGUUAACACUUUCUCUCACAUCAAUAACAGGAAAUCAAUCUUAAAUGCAUGCAGCCUAUGUAAUCUCAAGGUACCAACGGUAAAGGAAUGACAGAACAAGCUAUUAGAAUACGCGGAAAUGGCUCAACUGACACACAACCUAAGGGGUAAUACAAAACAAGAAUUUGCAACAAAAAAAGGGGGGGGGGAUAUGUUUAAGAGAUAUCUACAAGCAAGUAAUAGUGAUGUAACUACCAUGGCAGUACUAGAUUGACUCAUGUGGAUAUUAGACGAAUUACCAUUAGGAAAUUUAUGGUAUUAUGAGAAAAUACUUGAAAUGAUAAUAAGAUUAAGGGAAGAAAAGUAAGUGCAUUCAUUUCUAUAAUCGCAAUGUGCUUUGGGUGAUGACGGGAAGUCAAUAGAUUUUCGUUCAUUUAUUAUUAUAUAUAUGCUUUAUUAUUCUUUCUUAUUUCCUGUUUAUCUUAUUUUUAGUUGACACUCUUAGGUCUAGGAAAUUGGUGAAGGUAGUUAAUAUAAGGAAAAGAAAUGACAAGUAUGUAUCACCAAUGUUGAAAUGGAUGUUUAUUGGACCAGAUGAUAUAACGUACAUGUAUACAAGAUUGUACUGUCUAAUACAAUAAAUUAAAAAUCCCCCCCCCCAAAAAAAAGUUAACUGAGGUAACUGCCAGAAGACCCUCGGAAGUGGACCUCAGUGAUGGGGAGAUAUUUUCUUUUCCUUGUGUUAGAUGGAUGUUGAAACAAGGUGUGAUUGACAAGGGUAUGUCUGGAUCAUAGCUGCCAAGUUUUCCCUUUUCUCGCGAGGAAGCCUAUUCAGCAUAAUGGAAAAUCCCUUUAAAAAAGGGAUAACUUGGCAGCUAUGGUCUGGAUCACAGAUUUUUGCACAAUACCACUCCUCUUCUGUAACACACCUGUGAUGUUUUGAUGACACUGUGAGAAAUGUGUUGUGGGAACUUUUAAAAACUCGUGUAAUCUUUGUCUUAAGCGUUUUCCUUUUUUGCUAUCCUUAGAGAUUGAGAAGUUUCUGGCAACAAAUAAAUGAUCAGGCCUUCUGGCCACUAAUUUGCCUCCUCGAUGCUUGGUUGUGUUCUUGCCUUUUCUGAUCAAUCCAGCACCCGCCGGGCUAGACUCCAGCGAAGUUGGAAAGCGCUUUAGAUACCAAACCCCAUUUUCUCCCCAUAACACAGAAGUCAGAGAGUCCAGCCUGCUGCUCAAUGUGCCCCAAUCCAUAAAACAGUGUUGGAGAGGAUGCGUCUAAGACUAUGUCUUUCUUCCUUGGUGGGGAGAAGAUAGUUGUCCCCAGGUGACUGCUAAGUGUCCUAGUAGUGUUGCUUGGGUGGGGGGAGCACUCUUCUCUGGUUCCUCUCAGGCAGCAAAUGUCUUCGGCUCCCCCCUCCCACAAGGCUGGCUCCAUCUUUGCACUCCAAAAAGGGAGGCG